AUGGCAACACCAGGUGACUGCCCCAGAAGUGAGUUGCAGGAGGAGGAGGACCCCACCACACAGGCUGAGGAGGAGUGCCUCGAGGGGGCGGUGCACCCGGAGGAGUUCGUGGCCAUCGCAGACUAUUCUGCCACCGACGAGACGCAGCUCAGCUUUUUGAGAGGAGAAAAGAUCCUCAUCCUGAGACAGACGACUGCGGACUGGUGGUGGGGCGAGCGUGCGGGCUGCUGUGGGUACAUCCCGGCGAACCACCUGGGGAAGCAGCUGGAGGACUGGGACCCCGAGGAUUCCUGGCAGGAUGAGGAGUACUUCGGCAGCUAUGGAACCCUGAAACUUCACUUGGAGAUGUUGGCAGACCAGCCACGAACAACUAAGUACCAUAGCGUUAUCCUGCAGAAUAAAGAAUCCCUGAAAGACAAAGUGAUUCUGGACGUCGGCUGUGGGACUGGAAUCAUCAGCCUCUUCUGUGCACAUUAUGCUCAGCCCAGAGCUGUGUUUGCGGUGGAGGCCAGUGAGAUGGCCCAGCACACGGGGCAGCUGGUCUUGCAGAACGGCUUUGCUGAUGUCAUCACCGUGUUUCAGCAGAAGGUGGAAGAUGUGGUGCUGCCGGAGAAGGUGGACGUGCUGGUGUCUGAGUGGAUGGGCACCUGCCUGUUGUUUGAGUUCAUGAUCGAGUCCAUCCUGUAUGCCCGGGACGCCUGGCUGAAGGAGGACGGGGUCAUCUGGCCGACCACAGCCGCCCUGCACCUGGUGCCCUGCAGCGCCGACAAGGACUACCGGAGCAAGGUGCUCUUCUGGGACAACGCCUAUGAGUUCGACCUCAGCCCUCUCAAAUCUUUAGCAAUUAAGGAGUUUUUUUCGAAGCCCAAGUAUAACCACAUUUUGAAACCAGACGACUGUCUCUCUGAGCCAUGCACCAUAUUACAGUUGGACAUGAGAACUGUGCAGGUCGCCGACCUUGAGACGAUGAAAGGCGAGCUGCACUUUGACAUACAGAAGGCAGGCACGCUGCAUGGAUUCACAGCCUGGUUCAGCGUCCAGUUUCAGAACCUGGAGGAGGACGAGCCACAGCUGGUGCUGAGCACUGGCCCGCUGCACCCCACUACCCACUGGAAGCAGGUGCUGUUCAUGAUGGAUGAGCCUGUCCCCGUCCUCGUGGGAGAUGUGGUCACGGGCACAGUGGUGUUGCAGAGGAACCCCGUGUGGAGGCGACACAUGUCUGUCACCCUGAGCUGGUUCAUCACUUCUGCACAAGACCCUGCGUUGCAGAAAGUUGGGGAGAAAGUCUUUCCCAUCUGGAGAUGA